AUGGCUUCUAAUCUUUCCUCCGCGAUGCCCACUUCGCCCGUCGACGACAACGACAACGACAACUUUCCCAACUCUACUCUCACUGCCGGACCCCCGAGUAUCAUCUCCUCGCGCAUGACAGACAUCGGAUCCGAAGAUGGCGAUCAGGACCCCAACCCCAAGAACAGGUCUGGCGCAAGCCCCAAAAAGGGCAACCACCCCAGCGAAUCACGCCCUGGCACCGCGCGGACGGGCAUGUCCUCUUCGAGGGGCGCCUGGCCGCAAGGCACCCCAUUGCGGAAGGGCAUGCAGAGGGCGAGCAUAGGCGGGAGCGUUGCGAGCGCCCGGCCCAUGAGCUCAACCAGCCGGAGUCAUGUUCCGCUGGCCUCGCAUGCCUUCUUCCACCCCAUGAGUUCCCAGAAACUACAAGCCCAGCGAGGCGCACCACGUCCUCCCACCACGAGCCCGCGCCCUGCCAGUGCCGAUCAUCUCCAAGACGACGACGACGACGACGACGACGAUGACCAGUCCCACGUCGCACCGCAGGGCUUUACUGCAUCGCGCCCUGUGGCCCACGUCGCGCACCGGGCCGCCGAUGAUGGCGAUGUGCUGCCUCCUCCGUCCAAGGGAACAGAGAUGACCGAGCCGUACGACCGAUUUACCGCUACGACAAGUCCCACCCAUGGUUACUACCAGACUGGCAGUGUCAGCGAGAGCGUACGCCCCUUGCAACGCAAGAAACCCGACGAGAGGAAUCUCACCGUCAACGUCGACAAGAGCCAGGGUUACGGGAACGGCGGAAACGUCCCAAGCCCCCUCAAGUCACCACGCUCUUUCAGGUCCAGCCUUUUCUUACCGGGCAAGGGCGAGGGGACAUCGGCCCAAACCAAUCGCGAUAAUCAUGGCGCUGAAAAACUGUCUUCGGGUGCCUCGUCUCCCCAGCUCACCCCUGCAGUAACGGCUACUUCGAAGGGCGGCGCGAGGACGGUCAAGGGAAGAGUACCCGGUCAGGGCCGCAAUUAUGAGCACUUUGAGGGAAACACGGUCUUCUGCAUCGGAGGUCGCCUGCAGAACACUCGCCAUCGGCCCAUCAAUAUCGCCACAGGCUUUCUCGUGGUGUUGCCCGCCGCUCUAUUCUUCGGCACUUCUGCCCCCUAUCUAUGGCGGCACGUGUCGCCAGCUGUGCCGAUCAUAUUCGCUUACCUCUUCUACAUUUCCAUCUCUUCCUUUCUUCACGCGUCUGGCACUGAUCCUGGGAUACUGCCGCGUAACCUGCACCAAUUCCCUCCCGCGGAUGAGAAUGAGGACCCGCUGCGUUUGGCUCCUCCAACUAAUGAUUGGACUCUGAUCAAAUCAGCCGAGUCGAGCACAGCGGCGAUGGAGGUUCCGACGAAAUACUGCAAGACUUGCAGUAUUUGGCGUCCUCCGCGGGCCCAUCAUUGCCGCCUUUGCGACAACUGUGUGGAAACCCAGGACCAUCAUUGUGUAUGGAUCAACAACUGCGUCGGCCGGCGCAACUAUCGAUACUUCUUCACUUUCGUAGCCUCGGCCACCCUCCUAUCUGCUUUUCUUGUCGGCGCCUCGCUGGCGCAGCUCCUCGUUUACUCACACCUGGAGGGCAAGUCCUUCGGCGAAGCAAUCAACCAUUUCCGAGUGCCUUUUGCCAUGGUCAUCUAUGGCAUCUUUGCCUUCACGUACCCUGCUGCCUUGACAGGCUACCAUCUGUUUCUGAUGGGCCGAGGUGAGACCACCAGGGAGUUCCUCAACUCGCACAAAUUCCUCAAGAAGGACCGAUACCGGGCCUUCACCCAGGGCAGUUUCUGGAAGAAUUGGAACGUAGUGCUGUGCCGUCCCAGACCCUCGACAUAUUACCGCUUCAAAACCCGAUUCGAGGAGGGCGAUCAGCGUCUCGGAGACCGGCGUGCUCAGCAGAAGACCAAGUCGCCUAGGGAUGGUCAAGACAUGGAGAUGCAAUCCGUGGGAUUUCAAGGUCCGGCGACGCUUCGCAGCGAAGCAAACGCUGCUCGAUGA